AUGUCGCUCCUGGUGGUCGUCUUCUUCCUGGAACUUGCGCUUUACCUCAUCACCACAGUUGGUGCAAAGCCGAUCAACGAAUUGUUAUGGCAACUCUGGAGCCGUACACCAUUCGGCACAUCUAAAGACGUCCAAGAGCAGAUCCGCUUGAGGAGAGAGGUCGUCCGCAUGAAGCGUGAGCUCGGUGGGAUCAGUGCGCAGGAUGACUUUGCAAGAUGGGCGAAACUGCGGCGGCAACACGACAAGGCGAUGGAAGAACACGAUAAGAAAGCGGCUGCUGUUGGAAAUGCCCGGACAUCUUUCGACAGCAAAGCGACUAUGUUUCGGUGGACAUGCACAAGCGGCGUCAAAUUCGCGCUCCAGUUCUGGCACGCGAAGAGCCCCAUAUACACAUACCCGCGCGAAUGGUUUCCCUGGCCGAUCGAAUUUGCGCUGGGCUUCCCAAGGUGUCCGUACGGAGGCGUGAGCAUCAAUGUUUGGAGCAACUCUUGUGGGAUAGUCAUAGCCCUCGUGGGAGACGUGAUCAUGUCCGUCAUGCAGAAGAGCGCGCAGCCGCAGAAAGAAAAGGUUGCGAUGCCAGCUAGAGGGCCUAGUAGCAUCCCAUCUGCACCGGAUGUUGACUAA